CAUAAGGGUGUUUGGUGGUCUUUCGGUUGGAGUGCAUCGUUCGGAGUGUUGUGCUUGUAGAACUUUCUAUUUUUGGUCGCCACCAAAACACGAAAAAGGCUCCGCAACAGUUUUCUUACGCAACACUAGUAUUACUUGUGGAAGGAUGAGUGGCGUGCGCUUGGUAUGGCGCUCGUCGUUGCUUCGUCAACGCUCCGUCCGGACGCUUCCGAACCUUGCCACCCGCACGUUCGCUUUUGGUAGUCGUGGAUCACGGGGACACGGCUGGUACAUAAAGUACCGUGAGGGACGUGGAGGAAGGCAUUUGCAGGGUGAAUACUUCGAUCGGGACAGUACCGAAGAACAGAUCGCGUGGAAUGCGUCCGUCAUGGAUUUGGGUUCCCAGACACUCUACAUGGACGUGGUGGUGGAACCCAAGACGGCGCAGUUUGAUUCUCCGAGAUACGUACCCGACUUGCAAACACUCCGAGGCGAAAAGCAUCGAUUGACGAUGCGAAUUGCCUCGACUGUUUUGGCACAAACGAGUCGGAACUUUGUUGAUCUGCUGACUCGCUACGUUGGAACCCGCUUUUACCGCAUCGAACCAGGCGUGGGACUCUUUGGCGGUGACGUCCUCACCAAUACGGGAAAGACGGGACAAGCCGCAAACGGCCUGCCGUUGACCAUCAACGUCGAGAAGGAUCCACUCGCGCUUUGGCACGUCCCGGGUACCAUUUCCAUGGUGGUCCCCCUGGUUGGGGACAUCGACAGUCGCUUCAUCUUGUGCACACAUUCAGCACCGCACAUGGACGGAAUUCAUCGGCCCUUUGGUACACUAACGGGCGAUUGUCUCUCUACCGUACAAGCUUGGGAAUCCAAAUUGUUGACCAAGAAGGGCGUCCCGUCGUCCUUUGAUCUUAUUGUCGUUGAAUGUGGACUCCUCGAGGACGAAGCGAAAACACCGGAACCAGCCAUCGCAUAAGCUUCCUACUAUACUAACUAUUUUUAGUUCAGAUUGAUUCGCUC